AUGGAUCCAGAACGACUGGUGCCACAUUUACUUGGUGACAAACUGAAUACAAUCAUGUCACGUGCUUGUUGUAGCAUUAGUUACCAAAAGACAGUGGAGAAUGAGAAAAAUAAGACGCGAGGAGAACUAGGCGAGUUGGAUCAUUUGAUGAUGUUUAGGAUCACAGCCAAGACAAUGAAACGAGUGAAUGAUGGUAUGCUCUUGUUACAAGCAGUCGUUGAAAGCACGGAACAACAAUUGAGAAAGUAUUCACGCUCUGGCAGGAGGAAGGAACAGAUACAGCAGGAAGAAUAUGAUGAAGUGGCAGGAAAACAUGUUGGAAAGGAACGGUAUGCUCCGACUCAGAGACGGCAAUCGAUUAGCUAUGAUACUCCAGUCACGAAAAAACGAAAUCGAGAUAGUGGUACAAUGGAAGAAAUUGAGACAAUGACACAGCAACGACAUGAAAAACACCACCGAUAUGAAGACAGUGCUGCUACACACGUCGUGUCAAAACGUGGGCAAAGCGCUAAGGAUUGUACACAACAGCCGGACCGGUCAGAUCAACAGCUAUCUAGGAAUGGGAAUGAAGAAAGAGAAAAAAACGUGGAAGCCGUUGCUUUUACAAUAGGAGGAGACGAUGAACAGCGUUUGCGCGAUGAAAGAGAAGCGUUUCGGAUACGACUGACACGCACUGUAAUGAUCUCGCGGCGCUUAGAAGCUGAGGCCAAAAGUGUUCGUAUUCAAGAAACAUUGGAGCGCAAUAAGUACUUAAGAUUGCGUCGACACUUUGAAAAGAUGGCACACUGCAAAAAAGUCGCUGAGCUUGUGGUAAAGAAGCAGUGCAAUGCAAUGGCGGCAUCGUUAUCGACUACUUCGUUGAGUAAGAAAAAGCAGCAUUUGCUUGAAAUGGAGAGGCUUAGUGUCGCCCACGAUGUAUGCGUACCAGCAACCAGCCUACUGUUUGUGACCCAUUCCCAAUUUCGUGGCGUUAAGACUAAGCGUAGGAAUGCGGGUAAGUCCCGAUCAGCUGGGCUGUCGUUUAUUGCGAGUGAGAUGGCAGAGGACAGUGAUUUGGCGUGUUUGGUGAAGAAGGUGCAAGCAUUUGGAAAAUUGAUUACAUCGGGUUCAAGCGAGCUGCCCACCGUGGAAGACUCUGGUGUUCAGUGCGGUGCCACCCUAGGUGAGGCGGCGGACACUUUUGACUUUCUACAUGAGGAUGCAGAUGUAUGUGUCGACACGGAAGUGUUGUCUGCGAGUGAGACAGUGGCUGGUACGUCUAUGAAGACAACAGCAGAAGAUAUUGAAGUUAGAAGCGAGGAAAAAAGCAGUUCUCGACGCGAUUCUUUCCGCUCGACGUGGGAACUUCCUGGUCUGACCCGCGAUCUAAACUUGAUUCAGGACUAUUCUUUAGAAACGGAUUGCAAAUUACUGCGCUUUUUGUCUGGCGAACGGCAGUAUUUUUACCUGGAGUCACUCACAAUUGGUAACUCCUGCUCGCGCGAGGUUAAGAGAUGGCUUCUUACCACGCACGAUAUUCAGAUUCUGCAUCGAUAUCUAUUGAAGCGCGCUAACAUUGGGAAAGAGAUUGUGCUGUGUGCUGAACGAUUACGUGCAAUCGGCAACCUGGUGCCGCCGCUUCCCUCUUUGUCAAGUGAAUUCUCGUUGAUUGGCGAGUUGGGCGUGUUUGAGUCUUCACGCCACAAAGAAUGGAGUGAGCUACAAAAUAAGAUUGUUGCCUUGCACUCACUCGCCUUGGUGGCUCAUUUGCUGGGAAAGCACUAUCUGGCUAGACAUGUGGUUGGAACCACUGAUCGAAGCAUCAACUCUACAAGCCGCAGUCACGAUAACCUUCUAGAUGAGGGUACGUUGGAGUCUGACCUGUUUACAUAUAUUCUGCGCCCGAUCCGAUCUUCUGCAAUUGAGUCUAGUCUAUUUGACUCGCUUCCAAUCUCGUUAGUGCGCGAAACCAUUGAGCAGUGCCCUGAGGUCGUCAACCAUGUGCUUCAAUGGAAAGGCAAGGACGACGUGCCGGAAUACCUUCGUGAGACUAAUUCAUGUGACGCAUGUGCCAGUGAUGUGGCAUCUUCUGCAAUUGGCCAGCAAGAUUAUCCCAGCAGCAGUUACUUUCUAAGAAAUCUAUUGUUGAGGCUUACGGUGCAUAUGCGUGAUUUGGAUGCUGUGAUAAAGGCGCUAGUGUCUACACUGAAAGAGAAGCGAUCUGGUCACGACAAGGGUAAUGCUAAUAACACUAGUCAGCGUCGCCAACGCGUCAUUGCGCACGUGAAUCGUUUGAAAAGUGUUACAGCACAUGUUGUGGUUGAGAAUACAAAGCUGCAGCUUCACAAGUGGUGGAUUCUCUUUGCUGAAAAUUCUUGUGCGUGGUUUGAUCCGGACAGUGUUGACGAAAUGGACGACAGAUCGUACGAUAAGUUUACAUGCCUUCAAGAUGCUUUGUACAUUUGGCACAAUGAGGCACUUUUGUAUACAACCAAGGACGAUUUCGUGGACCCUGAGCGUCUAGCAGAGUCCGCACUUGAUCAAACUCAAGGCACUACAGCUGACGGUGAAUACGAUACUGCCUAUGGAUUGUCCCCUUUUGACGCCAUGUCGAGGGACAUUAACCGCACGCCCGUUUUACGCGACGAAGAAUUGGCUGCGCUAUUACGAUUGACUCCUGUGGGCAUGCGUGACGAGGUACAGAAUCAGCCAUUUACGGUCGAAGAGGCGAGGGAAUGCAUCAUGACACCACAAAGUGUUGAAAAUGCGCGCGCCCAACUAGAGGAGUCGCUAGCAAGUACCCGAGAUUUGAUGAAUGAAUUAGGGCGCUCUGGGCCGUGGCGUACUCACGUGGAGCAUUUUAAUAGUUUAAAAUGCGAACUGGCCAAGCAAUUGGCGAUCCAAAAAAAGCUUGUGAAGCAUCAGUGGGCACGAUACUAUACGAAAUAUAGAGAAUUUGCUCCAUCACAGAUCCAAGGCGCAAGCGAAGAGGAAAAAGAAAAGGCAUCAGUUGAGAAUACUGAUAGCCAGCCGCAUAGUGAGCCUAUUGCUGAUAGUAGCAGUGGUGAUGCAGCAUCGUCGGCGACUGAUUGGAUUGGUGUGUUUGAUCCUGAGAAGGACGCCCCAGAAAUUAUUGAGAUGAAAAAGCUUCGCCAUGAAAUUACCUUGGCAAAGGACCAAUUAGUGCGCAACAUUAUCUGUGACAGCACGAAUAAUUGUGGUGUAGCGUUAUCGUCAUCUCUACUUAUUGACGACCAGAAGGCGCUUGUAAAAGAAUGUAGGGGGCUAGCUACAUCUUGCGUGCAGGCGCUAGGCAAAUUUUUGGGCAUGGAGGAAACAUGUGAGACGUCUAUGGCACCGUUCCAGAAGAGACAGUUACGAUCCAGCAAGCAACUCAUCCGCCCUGACGAGGGUCCCACUACGGCAGCUAAGGGUGAUAGGCCCACCCGGAAGUCUAGCAGACGGCGACUGCUUGGGUCGAAGAAAGCAAGUUCUUACGCUUCAAGAAGCGGUCGAGGAAGCAAAAAUCGACGAAGGGAGUCUAUUCGCGUUGCAAAAGCUUUAGCAGCGUCAAAUGCUGAUUUCUUGCUUCCUCUUGUGCGCUCGUCAAGGACGUCAUCACGAGUAAUGUCUGUGUGCAGCAGUGGCAGUAGUUGUGAUCGGCGCUCUGACGGCUGUCCACCACUACGAAUGGGGUGCUCAGGCUGCCGCGACUUACGGCGCCGCUGCACAGGUUGUUCCGGCUGCUGUCUUCAUUGUGUGUGCGUGAGUUGUGGGUGCCGCAUGUGCUGUUCAUCUCGGCUUUCUGCUGUGCAGAAAAUAAUGGCUCAAAUGCUGGAUGGGAUUGAGGCCAAUGAGGCCUGCAAAUGGAUGAGCAGUGCGUCAGCGGGAACCAAUGGCCAUCGCUGUGGAAUGCUUUUCUUCUGUCAACGAUGUCAUUCUUGCGAAGAUCACUGUCCGUGCCAUUUAACCGACUGUGCUUCAGGGCCCGCUAUUGAAGCUACGACUGCAACUCCAAUGACAGCCAACUCGACUCUUCACGCUACGAACUUCUCGUCUGAGUUCAUAGCCACACUCAAUGCUACUUCAACAGGUACGGCUUCGCUGUCAUUCUCUCGUAGAGAACGGCGCUUUAGGAUAAAUUCCGUAGCAGCUCAACGCCGUGGUCCAAACGUGCAUGUGAAUAGCACCCUUGAUGAGUCGAUUUCAGCUCACGGAGACAGCAAUGAUUUGAGUGCAAAUUGUUCAGCUACGGCGCACGGAGGUCGCGGUCCACUGCCAACGUUCGAUUAUGGUAUCGACGACGCCUUCGGUCUUGGUCCGAUGGAUCAACCUGGGCAGUGUCGCACGUGGCGGCCAGCACCGUCCGACAAGAACGAACAGGAAGAUCUGUUUCGCGCGGCGCGUGUGCGAAUGAAGCUGGUGCGCUCAGCCUACGCUAAAAGUAUGGGCUCAUCAUCAGGCUCGGGUUGCCUAGACGGCGAGCAAUUGUGGCAACCAGAGCGAAUCCGGACGAUGUGGGCGCGUCGUGACUUUCAUGGUGUGCUGGGACUCUCGCGCGACGCCACCGUCCAGCAGAUCAAGCGCCAAUACCGUAAGCUUGCACUCAAGCUGCAUCCUGACAAAUCAUCUGAUACUUCAGCUUCGUUGGAAUCUACUAUUGCUGAAGCUGGCUGCAAUAUCGGAGCAGAUAACUCUGGCAAGCGCGUGGAUGCCUUUGUUGCUGCGACACACUCAUACAAAAUUCUGCUUGGGGACGCUGAUGCCAUCCAUGCACGGGCCUGGGUUGAUUGA